ACUACUGUUUCAUCUGUAGGCUCAUAAAUUUCCGAAGCCCGAGUCUUCGCGAUAGACGUCACGUAUUGAUGAAGAGUGAGCCCAAAUUUGUUACACUGCCUUUCACGACACAAGUUUUGCUCACGGAAGUAUAGUAGAGUUCCCGUAAUACCACGGAGGUGGAAUUUACUUGGAUUUCUGGGAGCGGCUACGAUGUCGUAUGUGCAGCACAGCAUUCAGGAUGUGCGGGAGGCGCUCUCUGGUGAGCGGGUCUCUUGGCUGACGGUGGAUGAGCACAGAGGCCGGGGCAGCCACCCCUGCCGCUGGGACAAAUCCCCGGCGCGCUGCAUCCGCAGCGGUGACUACUGGCUCUACAUGCAGCUCCAGCCCGACGUGUCCAAACUCGACGCCAUCGAUUCGACAGUCACGAGGGGCGACCCGCGGCCGUGGCUGACGCGGCUGCAGGCCCUGCGCGCCCGCGGCCUGGACGCGGCCGCCCUGCGCUCCGCCGGGCCGCCGUCGCUGCCACACGCCCGCGUGCGAGAGCUGCGUGCCAAGGGCGCGUCGCAGGAGCCGCUGCUGCCGCACCAGGAGAGCAAGUGGUCGCUGGGUGCCGGGAUCUCCGACCCUGAAGUGCAGGAAGCGGAGAUGAGCCAGCGCAUCAGCGACACGCUGCUCGACCUGGAGGAGCAGCUCCGCCGCCGACCACACCUGCCGGCAGCCUCGUCCGAUGAGGAUGAACAUGGCCUAGAGGUUGACUUCACAGAAACAUGCAAAUUAGAUAGUCAGAACUAUAGAGAGUUCCAGACCAACAUGUCAUGUGGUGCAUUUAAGGUAUUGUCAAAUGCUGUAAAAAAGGCUUGUCGAAAUAAAAAGCAAUAAACUGAAACAAAGACAACAAUAAGAUGAAUAUCAAUCUUAAUUA